AUGGCAACUUACUCUCGUCUACGUCUACUCUCGGCCUUCCGGGCACCUCUAGUCACACGAUGCUAUUCAACCGAGUCGCGGUUAGCCUCGGAUCAUGUUCGCAUCGUGGAAGUUGGCCCUCGCGAUGGACUGCAGAAUGAGAAAAAGUCUAUCCCGAUGGACACAAAAAUGGAACUGAUUCGGAGACUGGCUAAGACCGGUGUCACCACCAUUGAGGCCGGCUCCUUUGUACCGGCGAAAUGGGUACCACAGAUGGCCAGCACGGCUGAAAUCUGUGAACAACUUCUCACAGCACCUCCACAAUCUCAAAGUACAAUCGCCUAUAAUUAUCUAGUUCCCAACAUCAAGGGGCUGGAGAGUCUUGUCAAGAUCAUGGAUGAAACCGGCGUUCCAGCAGACUCUCCCGGCUCAGAAUCUAAAUCGGCGACGACGACAGAAGUUUCCCUUUUUGCGGCCGCUACGGAAUCCUUCUCUAAGGCCAACACCAAUUGUACUAUCGCCGAGUCCCUAGAGCGCAUCAAACCUAUCGUUGCGCUGGCCAAGACGAAGAACAUUCGCGUGCGUGGAUACGUCUCAGUUGCACUGGGCUGUCCCUACGAAGGUCCAGAAGUGAGCCCGUCCAAGGUGGCUGACAUUACGGCGACUCUUUUGGAAAUGGGUGCGGACGAGGUGUCGGUUGCCGAUACUACGGGCAUGGGAACUGCACCGCGGACAAUGGAGCUCCUCCAGGCUCUCAAGGCCGCCGGUAUUGCCAACACGGAUCUGGCUCUUCAUUUCCAUGACACCUACGGACAGGCCUUGGUGAAUACCAUUGUCGGAUUGGAGCAUGGUGUUCGGAUUUUCGACAGCAGUGUUGGAGGAUUGGGUGGUUGCCCGUACUCCAAGGGUGCCACUGGCAACGUUUCCACGGAGGACCUCGUUCACACUAUUCACAGCUUGGGCAUGCACACGGGUGUCAGCCUCGAGGAAAUGUCGCGAAUCGGCUCGUGGAUUAGUGGGGAACUCGGGCGAGUUAACGACAGCCGAGCCGGCAAGGCCACGCUGGGCCGACUGUCGGAAUAA